AUGCCCCGAGCAGACCAUAUCGGGUCUUUCCUGCGGCCUCCCAGCCUGUUGGCGGCGCGACAGGCAGCCUCGCAUACCUCCGCGUACGAUCCCCCCUCGGCCGAAGUGGAAGCGAUAACGCGGAAAUGCGUGGCCGAACUGGUCCAGAAACAGCUGGCGCGGGACAUCCGCCCCAUCACCUCGGGCGAGUACGAGCGGUAUAUCUUCUACGCGGGUUUCUUUGAGAAGCUAGACGGGUGCGUGGUUGUGCCGGACAUCCCGCUCCCCUCCGGGUUCCGGUCGAGACUGCCCACCGUGACGAAGGCGAUGGAGAAGGGGGUCCAAGUGCGGCCUGGGGUGGUUGCGGUGUCUCCCAUCCGACAUGACGGCCGGGCGUAUCUGGCUGAAUGGCUGGGUCUGCGGUCUCUGCUGCCGUCGGAGGAGCUGUGGAGGGAGUGCAAGCUGACGGUCCCGCCUGCGACGUGGCACCACAUCCAUCUCAAACCGGGGACGGCGUACAAACCGGGGACGGCGUACAAACCGGGGACGGCGUACGCGAGCGACGAAGCGUACUUUCGAGAUCUGGGGGCAGCGUAUCGGGCGGAGUUUCAAACGCUGUAUGACGCCGGGCUGCGCAACAUCCAGGUCGACGACCCGGCGCUCACCUCCUUCCCGACGCAGACGUUUCGAGACGGGUGUGAAGAGGACGGGGUGGACGCCGACAAGCUGCUGGACCUGUACAUCUGGGCGCAGAACGAGUGUCUGCGCGAUCGCCCGGCGGAUCUGCACGUGGGGAUCCAUCUGUGCAGGGGGAAUAUGGCCGGAUCGACGCAUAUCCUCAGCGGAUCGUACGAGCCGAUCGCACAACGGCUGUUCACAGGCCUGCAGUACGACACGUUCUAUCUCGAGUAUGACUCGGACCGGGCGGGAGACUUCACCCCCCUGCGCCAUCUGCCGGUCGGGAAAAGGGUGGUGUUGGGCGUGGUCUCGACCAAGACCACGGAGCUGGAGGAGGUCGACGAGCUGGUCGGCAAGGUGUACGACGCUGCAGACGUGAUUGCCGGGGGCCAGGGCAGACCGCGCGAGCAGGUGCUGCAGGACACGCUCUCUGUCAGUCCGCAGUGUGGCUUCUCGAGCAUGAGCGUUGGCGGCGGCGAGGGCAUGACGGAGCAGCGGAUGUGGGAGAAGAUGGCGCUCGUGCAGGAGGUGGCUCGACGGGUGUGGGGGACUGUUUUUUGA